UCCGCUCCCGUCUCCGCCGCUCUCGGCUGCUCUCGGUCGCUGCCGCACCGUCCGAGGCGGGGGCCGGGGCCGGGGCCGGGGCCUGGGGGGGGGUGGGGUGGGGGGAGAGCGGCGCCGGCGGGCCCGAGGAGGGAGGAAGGAAGGAAGGAAGGCUGGAAGGAAGGAAGCCAGGAAAGAAGGAAGGAAAGAAAGGAAGGCAAGAAGGAAGGCGGGCGGCGGGCGAGGGCGCCGGGCCGGACGGCGGGCGGGCGCGAGGCGAGGAGGCAGCGCGGCCCCCCCAGCCCCGCCGCCGCCGCCGCCGCCGCAGCCGCGGAAGCCCCCUCCCCACCCAGGAGUCGGGGAGGGGGGAGAGCGCGAGAGAGGCUCCCGGCCCGGCCGCAGCCCCGCCCCCCGCGCCUCCCCGCAGCGGGCCUUGCACCCCAAAUUCCUGAGCCUCAUUGGGGGGGUCCUCCCCCCACGGGCCGGGCAUGCUGCCCCCCGGAAGGAGUCCCUCUCCUUGCUCCCCCCAGUGUCCACGCGGAGCAUGAACAUUGAGGAUGGCGCGUGCCCGCGGCUCCCCGUGCCCCCCGCUGCCGCCCGGUAGGAUGUCCUGGCCCCACGGGGCACUGCUCUUCCUCUGGCUCUUCUCCCCACCCCUGGGGGCCGGUGGAGGUGGAGUGGCCAUGACGUCUGCCGCUGCAGGGGGCUCUCCGCCGGCCACCUCCUGCCCCGAGGCCUGCUCCUGCAGCAACCAGGCCAGCCGGGUGAUCUGCACACGGAGAGAGCUGGCUGAAGUCCCGGCCAGCAUCCCAGUUAACACGCGGUACCUGAACCUGCAGGAGAACGGCAUCCAGGUGAUCCGGACGGACACGUUCAAGCACCUGCGGCACCUGGAGAUUCUGCAGCUGAGCAAGAACCUAGUGCGCAAGAUCGAGGUGGGCGCCUUCAACGGGCUGCCCAGCCUCAACACGCUGGAGCUGUUUGACAACCGGCUGACCACGGUGCCCACGCAGGCCUUCGAGUACCUGUCUAAGCUGCGGGAGCUCUGGCUGCGCAACAACCCCAUCGAGAGCAUCCCCUCUUACGCCUUCAACCGUGUGCCCUCGCUGCGGCGCCUGGACCUGGGCGAGCUCAAGCGGCUGGAGUACAUCUCCGAGGCGGCCUUCGAGGGGCUGGUCAACCUGCGCUACCUCAACCUGGGCAUGUGCAACCUCAAGGACAUCCCCAACCUGACGGCCCUGGUGCGCCUGGAGGAGCUGGAGCUGUCGGGCAACCGGCUGGACCUGAUCCGCCCGGGCUCCUUCCAGGGUCUCACCAGCCUGCGCAAGCUGUGGCUCAUGCACGCCCAGGUGGCCACCAUCGAGCGCAACGCCUUCGACGACCUCAAGUCGCUGGAGGAGCUCAACCUGUCCCACAACAACCUGAUGUCGCUGCCCCACGACCUCUUCACGCCCCUGCACCGCCUCGAGCGUGUGCACCUCAACCACAACCCCUGGCACUGCAACUGCGACGUGCUCUGGCUGAGCUGGUGGCUCAAGGAGACGGUGCCCAGCAACACCACGUGCUGCGCGCGCUGCCACGCGCCCGCCGGCCUCAAGGGUCGCUACAUCGGGGAGCUGGACCAGUCGCACUUCACCUGCUACGCGCCCGUCAUCGUGGAGCCGCCCACGGACCUCAACGUCACCGAGGGCAUGGCCGCUGAGCUCAAAUGCCGCACGGGCACCUCCAUGACCUCCGUCAACUGGCUGACGCCCAAUGGCACCCUCAUGACCCACGGCUCCUACCGCGUGCGCAUCUCCGUCCUGCAUGACGGCACGCUCAACUUCACCAACGUCACCGUGCAGGACACGGGCCAGUACACGUGCAUGGUGACGAACUCGGCCGGCAACACCACCGCCUCGGCCACGCUCAACGUCUCGGCCGUGGACCCCAUGGCAGCCGGGGGCACCGGCGGGGGCGGCCCUGGGGGCGGUGGUGGUGUCGGAGGGGGCAGUGGCGGCUACACCUACUUCACCACGGUGACCGUGGAGACCCUGGAGACGCAGCCUGGAGAGGAGGCCCUGCAGCCGCGGGGAACGGAGAAGGAACCGCCAGGGCCCACGACGGACGGUGUCUGGGGCGGGGGCCGGCCGGGGGACGCGGCCGGCCCGGCCUCGUCGUCAACCACGGCACCGGCCCCGCGCUCCUCGCGGCCCACGGAGAAGGCGUUCACGGUGCCCAUCACGGAUGUGACGGAGAACGCCCUCAAGGACCUGGACGACGUCAUGAAGACCACCAAGAUCAUCAUCGGCUGCUUCGUGGCCAUCACAUUCAUGGCCGCGGUGAUGCUGGUGGCCUUCUACAAGCUGCGCAAGCAGCACCAGCUCCACAAGCACCACGGGCCCACGCGCACCGUGGAGAUCAUCAACGUGGAGGACGAGCUGCCCGCCGCCUCGGCUGUGUCCGUGGCCGCCGCGGCCGCCGUGGCCGGUGGGGGUGGCGUGGGCGGGGACAGCCACCUGGCCCUGCCCGCCCUGGAGCGAGACCACCUCAACCACCACCACUAUGUGGCUGCAGCCUUCAAGGCGCACUACAGCAGCAACCCCAGCGGCGGGGGCUGCGGGGGGAAGGGCCCGCCCGGCCUCAACUCCAUCCACGAACCUCUGCUCUUCAAGAGCGGCUCCAAGGAGAACGUGCAAGAGACGCAGAUCUGAGGCUGCAGGGCCAGAUGGGCGAGGGGCGCGGAGCCCCCCACCCUGGUCCCAGCCCCACCAGGACCCCUCCUUCCCACAGCCCAGCCCACCUUCUGGGACCACGCAGGGAAUUGGGGAGAGGUGGCUUCCAGCCUCAUCUGGGGCACGGACUCCCAGUGAGGACAGGGUGGGGCUCCAGAAGCAGAGUCUCCGGGGGUCCUCACCUCACACCCCACCGAUCCCUGGUGACGGGAGGGGACAUGGGAUCCAGAAGUGGCCCGGGUUCUCCUCACUUCCUCCUGGCUCUCCCGACUGUUCCCGGCCCGCCGCCUUCCAGGGGAGAGAGGAGAUUUUUCCAGGCGUGCCCUUUCCCCUUGGCCCCAGACACCCUCCUUUUACGGUUGUUUUUGCAGUUUGACGCCCAUCCCUCCCUCCCACCCUUCCGCCCUUCGAAACUGAAGAGACGGACGUGUCGCCAGAGCUCCUGCACCCUGGCCUGUCCUUCCUGGCCGGCAGUCCCUGUCGUGGGCGGGGUGGGGGUGGCAGCCUCCACCCGCCCCAGCCCCACCUGCCCCACAGACACUUUUGAUACUGAAGGGAGGUUUGCGUCAAUGACUACCUGCUCUGUAAUUACUUUAAAAAAAAAAAAACAUGGAAAAAGUAAAAAAAA